AUGUUCCGUCCUAAUACAACAGCUGAUUUGAAUGAGUUUCCUGCACUAGGAACACCACCAGCAAUGAAUCGAAGUGCAGUAGCCCCCAACUCGACAACACCUUCCAUGCCAAACCGUCUUGCAAGUUAUGCUUCUACUGCAGGGAACAGUGGGUUUCCACAACAGCAGCAAGAUAUGGAUAGCAUGGACUUUUCUGCACAUAACAAAAACCCUCUUGCAUUCAGCAGAAACAACUUCAAUGGCGAGCUGCCGCCAUCAGUGAAUAAUAGAAACCUUGCACCGAGAUCAUUUUCAAUGGACGAGUUCCCAGCGCUUCGUAGUUCUGCAUCACCAUUCGAUAACGCAAUAGGCAGAGAGUCUGGUGGAAAGCCUGAGCAAUGGCUAGAUUAUGCUAAUUUACGAGAAGGUCAACAAGCAGGAAAGCCAUUCUCAGAUAAAAACGAAUCGUCAGACUCUUGGACACAAGCAGGACAACCAAGGAAGCAAGACGAGUUGACUUCAGCUGACGGCAAACCAACAGACCCAUAUGGCUUACUAGGAUUAUUAGGGGUUAUUAGAAUGACUGAUCCCGAUCGUAGUAUGUUGGCGCUUGGUAGUGAUUUGACUACAUUAGGCUUAGAUCUGAAUACAGCAGAUUCGAUAUACUCAACAUUUAUAUCACCUUGGUCCGAUACACAGACAUUACCUGGCUUGAACGUAGAACCUGGCUAUUAUCUGCCUGCUUGCUACCGCAAUGUGCAAGCAACACCACCAGCUCACCAACGCAUGCGAACCUUCUCUGAUGAGAUCUUGUUUUAUGUGUUUUAUUGUAUGCCAAAGGAUAUUGCCCAGGAGGCAGCAGCACAGGAAUUAUAUGCUCGUAAUUGGCGUUACCAUAAGGAAUUAGGGCUAUGGUUAACAAAAGAGACAGAUGAGAAUGGUAGACCUGUGCAAGCCUUCCGAAGGACCUCACCUAAUGUUUUGGAUCGUGGCGUGUAUGUGUUUUUCGACCCCACAACAUGGCAAAAAGUGAAGCGAGAGUGGACAUUAUCUUGGGACGCAAUUGAAGAACGAAAUCAACCAUCGCAGCCUCCUGUCGGUUUGACCAACAAUGUAGCCUCUUCAUCCAGUAAUGGCUCAAAUAGAGUGAUGAUGUAA